AUGUCCACAAUUCAAGCUCCAACUGCUCAAGAGAAAAGAAAAUUUUAUGAUGAUGGUCGUGUUAAAGAAUUUAAAGGGAACACGUUUGUCUGCCAUCUUCCUCAACAAGGAGAUAAGAGCGAACCUUUCAAUGUAAUAUUAGAUGCUUACCGCGUAUCCAGAAGCUUCAGCUUUGGUAAUAAAAUUACUAUGUUACCACCUUCUUGUUAUCAUAUGACGAUAUUCCAUGGAGCAAAUAACAUAGACAGAAGACCAGGCAUUUGGCCUGCAGGAAUUAGUACUGAUGUGACCAUUGAAGAAUGCCACAAUUUGCUGAGUAAACGACUAAAAGAGACCAAUUUAAGUAUCGACUUACCUAUCCGUAUGAAAGUUGAUCUCGAAAGCAAAAAAUUCACUCAUAAAGAUGCAUGGAAAUUAAAAUUAAUUCCCGUUGACGAAGCUGAAAAGUCGAAAGUUCAGAAUCUUCGUGAUAGAUUAUCGGAUUGCCUAGGUACGAAAGGUUUGGAUCACGAUAGCUUUGAGUUUCAUGUGACUUUGGGGUAUAUUAACAUUCCUCUGUCUGAUGAGGAAAAUAACGAGUUCUAUGAAGUAUCAGAGAAAUUACAUCAGCAUGUUGCUUCACGGUGUCCUGUAAUCGAAUUCGACGCGCCAGAAUUUUGUAUUUUCGAAGAUAUGUUUGCUAUGCGACGAAGGUUAUAUCUUAGCUAA